AAUACAAUAAUUACGAUGGAUUUACAACAUAUUGAAAUUCCGAGAACAGUGGAAGGGUUCUCUAAAUUAAUAGUAGGUGUUAAAACCAUUCUAUCCUGGAAAGCGAGGACCAAGAAGAAUACUAUGAAAUUCUAUGAAGCACUAAAUAAAGGACAUAAGCGCUUGACCAACGGAGAAUUUUUUUCGCCAGUUAAAAUAUCCAUAUAG